AUCUACAACAGUGGUCACUACAGUCCCACUGUCCAUCCAGGCCCAGGCUAGUGUGCAACAGCCUGUUUCAGUGGGUAUGCAGCCGCUGCAGCAAGCACCUGGGCCCAUGCAGCCGAUGCAGUGAAUGCCCAAGAUACCUCUAAUGAGUCCCAAGCCUUUCUCUGGAGACAAGGAGAAGGAGGAAAACUUGGACACCUGGGUGAGUAUUGUGCCUACUUAUGUGAGGCACAAGCUCACAAGGCCAGAACAGGAAGUUGUGGUGGCUGCCUCCUUUUUAGAAGGAUCAGCAGCCCGCUGGUUGAAUGGCUUGGUGCAGCAACAGGGCUACGGUCAGGAUUUCGAUGCCUGGGCUCAGUCUCAGACAUUGGAACAGUUCGUACGGUCCGUCUACAACAGGUGGAAUGACCCGCAAGGGGCUCAAAAGGCCACCGAUGCUAUCAACAACCUUUGUUCCCGUAGGUUCAAGGAUGUUAGAGAGCUUACAGACACCGUAGAACGCCUCCUCGUGGUACCUGGUGUGCGUUUUGACCCACAGGUUCUCCUAACGGACUACCUAAGGUGCCUCCCUACAGAGGUAAGGACCAAGCUGGUUGACGAGGCCUAUAUCAACCAGCACACUUUUGCUUCUUUUAGGAAGAAAGCACGGGACAUAGAGGCAAAGCUAGGAUCUGCGCAUAAGGCAUCCAAUGAUGGUAGGAAGAGACUGCCCCAAGACUGGAAGAAAAAGUUAAUGUUCGUUGACCACGAUGGUCAAACGACGGAGAUUGACGACUACUCAGAUCUUGGGGAGUUCACAGAGCACGAUGGGGGUGGUGAGACUUCAGAUGGUGGAGUCGUGGCACCGAUCGAGGAAAAGGCUAGGGGGACCGGGAAGAAGAAGGUAGUACGGUCCACGGGUCAGGGCGACCAAGGAACACCCGCAUGGGUGAAAAUUGGUUUAGAAUACGAGCACGCGAUGAAUAAGAUCUUUCAUGACUACUUGGACAAGUUUAUCGUCGUGUACCUCAACGAUAUUCUCAUCUUCAGUAGGACUGUAGAGGAGCACGCUGAGCACUUGAAAAUAGUGCUAGGUCUCCUAAGACAGCACCAGUACAAGGUAAACUUGGAUAAAUGCGAGUUUCGUCGCACCAAGAUCUUGUACUUGGGUCAUGAAAUUUCAGCAGAUGGAUUGAGGCCGGAAGAUGCGAAAGUGGCCAGCAUACGUGACUGGCCCAGACCUCAAACUGUUAUUGAGGUCAUUUCGUUUUUGGGGAUUACGGGCUAUUAUCGUCCGUUUGUGAAAAACUAUAGUACUAUAGCUUCCCCACUGACAGAUCUAACUCGACUUGACACCCCUUGGAAGUGGACUGAGGAGUGUGAAGCAAGCUUCAAGAAAUUGAAGUAUGCUCUGACACACUACGAAGUUCUCAAACUUCCUGAUCCUGACAAGCCGUUUGUUGUGACCACAGACGCUAGCCAAUAUGGCAUAGGCGCGGUCCUUGCGCAACAGGAAGGGCCCAAGUUGAGACCGAUCGAGUAUAUGAGCAAGAAGAUGCCAUCUGAGAAGUUGGCUAAGUCCACUUAUGAAAGAGAGCUCUACGCCCUGUAUCGAGCGCUAGUUCAUUGGAGACAUUACCUCCUAGGAAGGUUCUUCUACGUGAGAUCUGACCAUGAGACUUUGCGCUGGAUCAAGGCACAACCAGUCUUGUCAGACGCACUCAAGAGAUGGAUUCAAGUGAUAGACAUGUACGACUCUCAACUUGAUCCUAUCAAGUGUACGUACAACAAAGUGGUUGAUGCGCUAUCAAGAAGGGCAGAUUAUUUGGGCGCGCUAGUAAUUGAGUUUGGCAUAUCUAAUGACCUCACUCGAUCGUUGGUGGAAGCCUAUCAGGGAGACCCAGUCAUGUCAGAGAUCAUUCGUAGGUUCAAGGCAAAGGAUAAAAAGACUUUGGACGAAUUUACGAUGGUAGACGACUUGUUGUUCCUUGAUAAGGCGGGGAAGAUUGUGUGUCCCAAGUAGUGAGCCGUUGCGUAGUUUAUUCUUAGGAGAAUGUCACGAUGCAACUGGUCAUUUUGGCUAUAAAAAGACAACAGCAAACUUAGUUCAGAGAUUCUGGUGGCCCUAUAUGAUGGAAGAUGCAAAACGUUAUGUUGAAACCUGCCAGGUUUGCCAAAGAGACAAACCAAGGACUGAGGCUCCGCUUGGGCUCAUCAAGCCCUUGCCGAUUCCUGGAGGUCCUGGUCAAAGUGUGUCCAUGGACUUCAUGGAUACCCUUGUGACCAGUAAGUCUGGAAAGAGACACAUCUUCGUAAUAGUGGACCGUUUUACUAAGUAUGCAAGACUAAUCGCUAUGCCAGAAACAG